CUCCCUUCCCUUAGGCGAGGAGGCCGGCUGGUGGGGUUGAGUGGCCCGAGGUGAGGGCGGCGAGGACGACGGCGUGGAGAGCGGUGCUAACGACGGCCUCAACAGGCAGGGAAGAUGAAAGGUAGCCGGAUCGAGCUGGGAGAUGUGACACCACACAAUAUUAAACAGUUGAAGAGACUAAACCAGGUCAUCUUCCCGGUCAGCUACAAUGACAAGUUCUACAAGGAUGUGCUGGAGGUUGGCGAGUUAGCAAAGCUUGCCUAUUUCAAUGAUAUAGCUGUCGGUGCAGUGUGCUGCAGGGUGGAUCAUUCACAGAAUCAGAAGAGACUUUACAUCAUGACACUAGGAUGUCUUGCACCUUACCGAAGACUAGGAAUAGGAACAAAAAUGUUAAAUCACGUCUUAAACAUCUGUGAAAAAGAUGGCACUUUUGACAACAUCUAUCUGCAUGUCCAGAUCAGUAAUGAGUCAGCAAUUGACUUCUACAGGAAGUUUGGCUUUGAGAUUAUUGAGACAAAGAAGAACUACUAUAAGAGGAUAGAGCCUGCAGAUGCUCACGUCCUUCAGAAAAACCUCAAAGUUCCCUCUCUUCAGAAUGCAGAUAUGCACAAGACAGACAACUAAACAAAUUUCAUAUGAACUUUCUUGCACUUGCUUGUCGCCAAAUAAAAGAGGCCCAUUGAUUUUCCCCCCUCCUUAAGCUUUCUCCCUCAUUCGUUUUUCUUGCUUUUCUUUCCUCUAAAAGUUUAAUACUUUCACAGACUUUUUAAAAUCAUGUUUCAAUUGUUUGAGUUCUCUUAUUUUUGUGAGGUGGUUGGAUUGAAGGAAGACGGUAUAUCUCUUUUGUUUCAGUUACUCCUAGUAUCAGAUGACUUGGAAAUUUUUAGCUCAUUUUAUGUCCUGCUUUCAUAUUGAAGGUCAGAGCCUACAAAAACUGUUGAUCUCAGUAGAUAAAAAGAAGCAGUAGCAAUAUCUUAUUUUCUAGUUCAUAGACAAGUUUAGUGUGUUUGUGGUACUUUUGGGCUUAUAAAGACUUACUUUGGGGGGAUACCAAUCCCUAGACAUUUGCCUUCACUCCGUCUUUAGUCCUUCUGAGCACUCUCUCAGGAGUUGGACCAUGUGUAAUCCUUGUGAGAAAUUACAAGCUUACUUAGGUUUUUAAAGCAAUUUUUUCCUCUCUAAUGGGUGGGACAGUUUACGGUAGGUAGUGUUAUAUUUUUAUCUAAGAAUUUGGUUAAAUUGCUUUUUCAAUAGUAGGCCAGUUGUUAGGUUUAUUUUUCUUGCUUUUGAUUGUUCCUAGAGGCAUUAACAUUUGGAGUGUAGGCUGGUGAGAUUAAUUUUUUUAAUAUGCCAGCCAGAGUUAGGCCUUUAACUGACCUGAAGAAAUUUCAGUGUGAUUGAAUUUUUCUUGUAUUUUUGUUUCAAUUGGCCAGAUGAUAGGCUAACCUUAAAAAUGGAGUUGAUGUCAUUGUAGGUCAGUACCUCUAAAUAAGCACCUGUUUUUUCUUGGACAUAGUGAAAAAUACCUAAAGAAAGCUUAGAUAGGUUUGUUGCACAAUAAAAUCCAUUUAUUGUCAACUAAGGUGGGCUGUAAAAGUGUAGCCACUGAGUGCUUGGUUAUAUAGGAAAGAAUAGACAGUAUUUUUAAGAAUAACAUAGCUAUGCUGUUGCAUUUCUGUUGGAGCACAUCCCAGAUUUGCUUAUUUUCUUGUGCCUAUAAUAUUGAAUUUAAGAAUUUGGAAUAAGAGGUAUGGUUAAACUCAUUGUUUCUAUUCUUGGAGAGGUUAGAAGUAUAAAGUGUUAGUAAUGCAAAUAUCACUGUGAUCUCCUGUAUUGACAGUUCUGGUUUGUGCCAGAUCAUUUCUGGUGUGAAGGGUAUCUUUGACAAGUUGGUAACUUUUUGUAGGACGAGAGAUGUCCGAAUUACUCAUAUUUUCAGCCCAUUGUUCCAUUGCUAAUAUUUAGAAGAGUUUAGAUUGUAAGUAGUGAUGGUUCAAGAAGUGUCUCAGACUUUGAAACAAUACACAGGGCUUGUCACUUGACUUUAAAAGGCAGUUUGAUUCAUAUUUAUCCUCUUAUGUAAAAUUCUGGGAUAAAAGACUCAUUUAUGAGUAGAUUAAAAAAUUAUUUUACAAAGUGUUUGUGCACACUUUUAACCUUGUUUUUAUUUGAGAAGGUGUAAGUGCAAAGUAAAAUAGACUUCAACAGUCUUGAGUGCCAAGAAAAAAAGAGGAAGGAAUAUAGUUGCUGAGUUUAUAGGGUUGUAAUCUUAAGAUAGUAAAAAAGUAGAAAGACUAUGCUGGUUUCUUGGGUAUUAGUUUCUUGAAAAGUCUAAAUCUGAGCUUAGAAGACAAUUUAGCAUUAAGCACCUUUACCUUUAUGGAUAAGCUUCAGCUUGCUCUUGCCAAGAGAAGAGUGCGUGAGUUACCGAAAACAUAAUUAGUUUGAAGAAAUCAGCCUUUUUGUAUGUAAACUUCAGAUAUCAAAAUAGAUUUUGAUAUAUAAAUGAGUUUUCUGAGAUGACACUGCCUCUAUUUCUAUAACCCUUUCACCUGGACUAUCUAAGCAGUCCUAUGAAUGUAUUCCUAAGUGUGGUUAUUGAAAACCGAAUAGCUGCCUCAUGAAAUUAGAUACAUGUUAUGUAAAGAGGGGAAAAUAUUAAAGUUUGAAUUGAUUGUGUAGGCUCCCUAACAUAGUUUCUUUUUCCACACUAGUGAAUGACAUAACCUAAAUUUUAAGUGUGUCUAAUGGGUUGUCUUACAUCAAACUUGUAUUGAAUAAUUCCAUCCACUUACAGAAGACAAAGAUGUGGAAGAGGUAGAAGUUGGGCACUACAUAUGCCUGUGAAUCAGUAAAGACUAAAAGUAAUGCUCCUUGUUGAAUUGGUUAUUUUGGUAAAUAAUAAUCUUUGAGGUAAAACAGUUCUAUUAACUGGAGGAUCACUGAUUAUAUCAUUUUUUAGGACAUAGUUUAUACUGGGGCAAAUAGGUUAAAAUUUAACUGUAUAGUAUUUGCAUUUAGAUUCUAAGGAAAAGAAUCUGUAGAGAAAUCUAUGCAAUAUAUAAUUUGUCCAGAUUCAUUUUCAUUUGAGGAAAGGAGUUCUGAAGUAUCUCUAAAGCAGUUUUUACUCAUCAAUUGAAAGUCCUCCAAACAGAACUAUUGGGAAACUAUGGUGUGUGGUGGUGGAAAAGAAAAGCUCCCUCAGUUUUUGGAGGGAAUAACUUUAAAAAUACUUAAAUGGCUAAGUUUACUUGGUGCAGUUACGAAUUAAACUUGUCAAUUUUAACAUUGCUGUUACAUCUGAAAUAAACUUAUGUGAUGUUCUGGUA